UGUUUUUCAAGAUGGUUGAUGUGAAAGUGAUACUGGACCAGCUGGUGUCUGCCGGGGAAGAUUCAAGUAGUGGAUUGGAGAACCUCGUCGUGGAACUAGUGAAUGAUGGCAUUCAUGUUCAGCUUUGCUCUCAAGCAUUAGAGAAAAAUGAUGUCGACAGGAUGAUCCUUGCCAAAGUACUUUCAGAGUUUGCAAAAACAACCUGUGGCAGAGAAGCAUUAGUGAAAGAAGGCGGAGACAGUCUCGUGCAAUAUUUGCUGAUGGGUGUGGGUCUUGACAUGACAAAUGAGGAAAUUACGGAGUCUUGUCGAGCCCUUGGGAAUUUGUGUUACGAAUGCGAUGGCGCCAGGGAGCUUGUUUUGCGCCAGGACGGACCGAAGAUUUUCCUGAAGGCUCUCAAGAAUGUGUGUGAUUCUGAGAGUAUCGAAAGUCCGUUUCUCUUCGUAUUGCUCGGCUGCGUACUGAAUUUUGUUUGCGAUUAUGACCCUGCAAUUACUGAGGUUGGAGAGGAAUAUCUCUCGUAUUUUAAUCGCAUUCUGAGUUCUGAUCCAGAAGGAGUGCACAAAGGCUGCGUGAACCGGAUUCUCACAAUUUUAUCCUGCUUGGCAGAAACAAAAGAUGGUGCCCAUGAUCUCUGUCAGCACGAGUGCUUCCGUCGCUGCCAGGAAAUCGUAAAAGCUACGAAUUCUUUUGACGUUUUUGAAAAUGCCGUGAAUGUCAUUUGCUCUGUGAUGCAUUCAGACGGACCUCAUUGCUCAAUAGAUUGCGUCCUCGAUGUUUUUCGAUGCUUGGUGACGUCGUUGGACAGACAGGAAAGCUUUGAAUGGUGUGAAAAUGUGGAAGAUUUUGUGGAAAAGCAUAAUAUGCGUGCCUCAGUUUGCGAUACGAUCGCAAUCAUGAUUUCUAGGGACGAUGUUGUGGACCAAUUAUUUUCUGACGGCACCGGCGAGGUUUACGACAGAGCAAAGGAGUGGAUAGAUUCUGAAGAAGAGCACGUUCGCUUAACUGGAUGCCUCAUCAUUGGCAACUUAGUUCGAAAUGAUGCUAGCGCGGAAAAGGUGUGUGCUGACGGAAUUGUUGAACGGCUGAUUGAUUUCCUGAAGGAAGAAGCAACUGUUGGAAACAUCCGGAGGCAAAUCGUCGUCAUCGGCGCUUUGAGGAAUCUUUGCGUAUCUGUCCAAAACCGCGGGACUAUUCUCGAACAUGAUCUCAUUGCCACGUUGGCGCCAUUCUUGCAAUUUGAGUCUGUGGAUGUUGUGUUCAAAGUCUGCUCCUGCCUGAGGCUCUUGAUCGACUCUGCGGGACUCAAGUAUUUCGCUUGUAUCCUUGAAGAUGCGGACAUUCUGAAGUCCCUCAUCAAAUGGACCAACUUUGAACUGGUGGUACAUGUUCAGUCCGAGGCCGAACGCGUUCUUGCGACCAUUUUGAAGAGUAUUCACAAAGACCAUGAAAGAGCCAUUGAGAAGAAUGUGAAGGGGUUACUUACAUCGUUACUGCAAGCAAACGGGAUUCCACCAUUGGUGCAUUUGUUGUCAAGUGAACACGCUGUGAUGGUUAACGAAGCUGUGGUAGCUCUGAAUGUGAUGGUCUCCUUUCUGGGAGAGGUUGGUGUCCAAGUACUUAUCGGGAUUGAAGAUGGAAGAGUUGUUCAGAGACUGGUUGCCAUUGUGACGGAAGACAAGUUCGCACCCGAGAUUAUUUGUAACUGCUUGACUCUCACUGAGGCGCUGGUUAAAAGUGGAACUUCAUUUUCGGAAAAGGUUGCCGAAGGAUUGAAUGAAAUUCGCAAAAAGGCAAAAAAUCAUUCCAACCCAUUGGUACGGAAUUCCGCUGCAGUUGUCUCUUGAAGAGGUUGUACGUAUUGCAAUUCAGUUAUUUGACACAAUUUUGGAACAUAUUGUAUUUCUAGGGAUUCUUUUGAAGAAAAGAUAAUAUACUGCUUAACAAAAAUUUGGUUUAAUCACA